AUGCCAGGCACUGUGGCGACACUGCGGUUCCAGCUCCUGCCCCCUGAGCCAGAUGAUGCCUUCUGGGGUGCACCCUGUGAACAGCCCCAGGAGCGCAGGUACCAGGCACUGCCGGCCCUCGUCUGCAUCAUGUGCUGUCUGUUUGGAGUCGUCUACUGCUUCUUCGGUUACCGCUGCUUCAAGGCAGUGCUCUUCCUCACUGGGUUGCUGUUUGGCUCGGUGGUCAUCUUCCUGCUGUGCUACCGAGAGCGGGUGCUGGAGACACAGCUGAGUGCCGGGGCGAGUGCGGGCAUCGCACUGGGCAUCGGGCUGCUGUGCGGGCUGGUGGCCAUGCUGGUGCGCAGCGUGGGCCUCUUUCUGGUGGGGCUGCUGCUCGGUCUGCUGCUCGCCGCUGCUGCCCUGCUGGGUUCCACCCCCUACUACCAGCCGGGCUCUGUGUGGAGCCCUUUGGGGCUGCUGCUGGGGGGCGGCCUGCUCUGCGCGCUGCUCACGCUGCGCUGGCCUCGCCCGCUCACCACUCUGGCCACCGCUGUGACUGGCGCUGCGCUCAUCGCCACUGCCGCCGACUACUUUGCCGAGCUGCUGCUGCUGGGGCGCUACGCGGUGGAGCGGCUACGUGCUGCCCCUGUGCCUCCCCUGUGCUGGCGUAGCUGGGCCCUGCUGGCGCUCUGGCCUCUGCUCAGCCUGAUGGGCGUCCUGGUGCAGUGGCGGGUGACGGCCGAGGGGGACUCCCACACGGAAGUGGUCAUCAGCCGGCAGCGACGCCGUGUGCAGCUGAUGCGGAUAAGGCAGCAGGAAGAGCGCAAGGAGAAGCGGCGCAAGAAGAGACCCUCAAGGGCUCCCUCCAGAGGCUCCCGGGCCCCUCCAAGGCCUGGGCCCCCUGACCCUGCUUAUCGGCGCAGGCCAGUGCCCAUCAAACGUUUCAAUGGAGAUGUCCUCUCCCCGAGCUAUAUCCAGAGCUUCCGGGACCGGCAGACAGGAAGCUCCCUGAGCUCCUUCAUGGCCUCACCCACGGACAUGGACUAUGAAUAUGGGUCCCGGGGACCAUUGACAGCCUGCACAGGGCCCCCUGUGCGGGUAUAG